GCAUUAAAAAGAUGUCACAGGAAAAGAUCACCCUAGCGGAUGCGUUAUCCAACGUCGAGGUGUUGGAUGAGUUACCAUUACCCGACGAACAACCCUGUAUUGAAGCGCAGCCCUGCUCUGUGGUUUACCAGGCUAACUUUGAUACGAAUUUCGAGGAUCGAAACGGGUUUGUGACGGGUAUUGCAAAAUAUAUCGAGGAGGCUACUACUCAUGCGAAUCUGAAUCAACUUCUUGACGAAGGCCAAAAACAUGCUGUUAUGCUGUAUACAUGGCGCUGCUGUUCGCGGGCGAUACCGCAACCGAAGUCAAACGAGCAGCCGAACCGAGUCGAAAUCUACGAAAAGACGGUUGAAGUUCUCAGUCCAGAGGUGAAAAAACUGUUGAACUUUAUGUACUUUCAA